AUGCUACUACCAGACUCUCUCAUCGCCCUUAUCCUACUGUCUAUAUCGCCUUCCGCCGCAGAGCCGCAAUGGCCACACAACCUUCCGAAGCAUGUGAAAUACUUUCCCGAAGAUGAAGUGCAUGUCAAGAGAGGCAUUAGCAUACAGGAGCGAUUGCAAAGGGAGAAGCCGAUCGGCUUGAAAAAGAUGACAGCGGACGAGGGCGAAAUGUUCUUUUUGGACAAUUGGAUAUUUGCUAGCGAUUUGGAAAACAACAAAAAGCGCAGUGAAACGGAACAAUUUCUGAACGGUAGCAUGAAUGCUUUCUCGCCCCUACGACCACACGCCGAAAAGAACAUCUUUGAUUCUGUGAGGAGGUUCAAUCCGCGAUCAUCCCUGUUCGCGAGGGAUUUCCAGUGUCCCUCUGGAACGACCAGCUGUUCUUCCAUAGGAGAGCCUAACAGCUGCUGCGGAACUGACGACACAUGCAUGAGGGUUGACGACACUGGGUUCGGAUCGGUGGGAUGCUGCCCUAAGGGACAGACUUGUGCUGGAAGUAUAUCCUGCGAUGAGAAAAACGGGUACAGCAGCUGUCCGGAUAGCCCGAAUGGAGGAUGCUGUCUUCCAGGAUACAGUUGCCAGGACGUUGGAUGUGUUGCCGCAGGAACCUCGAUUACCUUCGUCCAACCUUCUACCUCUACGCCUAGACCAACCUCAACAGCCGUCGUGGUUGUUCCCACGACCCCUUCCCCCACGCCUACUCCUUCUUCGACGUCAUCCUACACAUGCAGCUCCGGUUGGUUCUCUUGUCCUGUUAGCCUUGGAGGUGGUUGCUGCCAAAACGGCCGGGAGUGUGCAACGGGGGCUUCAUGCCCUGCGCCAUCUUCCUCCUCAGCAGAAUCUACCGGUACACCCAAUGCGCCUGUCCGACCUACUUCUGGAAGCGCCGAACCCACGACUGAAGCUCAGAGUAGCCUUGGGCCAACCGAAUCACUCUGCCCAACGGGCUUCUACGUCUGCAGCGCAUACUAUCCUAGCGGAUGCUGUAGAGUAGGGAGAGACUGCCAGACCUCCGGGUCGUGUGCUCCUACUGCAAGUGAGACAAUUGUGAAUAGCAACGGAGUCGUAGUGGUCGCUCCUACUGGAGCUAGCUUCUCCCGUCCCAUUGGCAGUUGUGCUACUGGAUGGUCAAGCUGUGCCCCUAGCCAAGGUGGCAAUUGCUGUCCCAAUGGUUAUGCCUGCGGCGAGCAAUGCACAGCAACCUCGGGAGGUAACACAGACAUCACCAACAAAAUGCCGCCAAGUACAGCAUCUUCUUUCUCGUACAUGUCCAUAUGUGGAAUGAUCUCUGGUGCAUUAGCCAUUGGCAUCAGUAUGAUAAUUUUCUAG